AUGGCACACCAGCGUUCGCAAUCCCUCAUCGACGGCGCGCACAAAUCGCCUCACUCGGUCUCCCUCAAAGUGCUCAGACUCUCCCGUCCCUCCCUCGCUUUCCAGUACCCCCUCCCAAACGCGCACUCCAUAGGCAUCAAUCCCGCCGCUGCUCUCGCCUACCCAUCUCCGAACGCUUCAGAAGAGAAAUUCAUACUCAGCCCCGUGCUCAACCUCCCCGAAGCUUUCGGUAGCGCAUACGUCGGCGAGACGUUUUCCUGCACACUAUGCGCCAACAAUGAGCUCGAUCCAGCAGAUAAGACUCGGGCGGUCAGCGGCGUGAAGAUGACGGGCGAAAUGCAGACGCCGUCUACACCGCAAGGCGCACCGCUUGAACUCGCAGGGGACGAAGGAAAAGACGAGGGCGAGGAGAAGAGCCCCGCGCCGGGGGAGUCGCUGCAGAAGAUCUUGAGGUUUGAGCUGAAGGAGGAGGGCAAUCACGUUUUGGCUGUUACGGUCACGUAUACGGAGAAUACGUUUGUGGCUGGGGAGGAUGGGAGUAUGACGGCUAGUGGAGGGAGAGUCAGGCAGUUCAGGAAGUUGUAUCAGUUCGUUGCGCAGCAGUUGCUGAGCGUGAGGACGAAAACUGGGGUAGUGGGAAGUGCAGGGAGGGAAACGAAGGAUGGGGACUUGAAAGUGUUGUUGGAGGCGCAGUUGGAGAAUAUGGGCGAGGGGCCCCUGUCCUUGGAGGCCGUUCAUGUCAACGCAAAGCACCCCUUCAAGGCGACUGCUUUGAAUUGGGAUAUGCCCUCGCCAGGGCCGCCACCAUUGAACGCUCCGGUAUUGAAUCCGCGCGAAGUCAUCCAGGUGGCUUUUCUGCUCGAGCAAGCAGCGUCUGAGCAAGAUGAGCAACAGGACGUCGCCCAGCUCGCGGGCGAGGAGAGAAGAGUUCUAGGACAACUGGCGAUACAAUGGCAUAGUGCAUUGGGGGAUCGCGGUUCCCUGAGUACCGGCUGGCUCAGUUGCAGAAGGUGA